AGAAAAUGAGUAGAUGCUCGACCAGAACUACCUACGUUGGGAAUCUACCCGGUGAUAUCCGUGAAAGAGAAGUUGAAGAUUUGUUUCUGAAGCCAAAUGGCUACACAGCCAAACUCUCCUCCGCCUCCUCCUCUUUCUACUGGUGUAGCAUCGCAUUCGCCGUCACCACCAUUGAAGCGGACUAGAAAGGUCUCACGCCUAAGAUCAUUGGCGACUAGACAAGUUGGGGCAGAGAGACCCCUGGUCCAUGUGGAUCCUGCUACUGGCAAAGCAGACGGUCCCCACAACAAGAAAUUCAUAACAUAUUUAGGAAUCGUUGCUCGUGAUAAGGUGGAUGUCACAUACAAAAAUUGGAAGCAUGUCCCUAUUGCUCAGAAGGAUUUGAUAUAGGAGGAUAUUCAUGUAUCAUGUAUUAUUUCAUGUUCCAUAUUGUUUGUUAGCCAAAUAUUUGAAUUUAGUAAUAAUAAAACCCAAUUUACUCUUUGUUAGACUGAAUUUGAUAUCCCUGAAGCAUCUGAUUUAAGGACAAAAAACAAAAUACUUUAGACUGUGGGGGAGCGGUGGAGACAGUUUAAGUCUGAUUUGACGUCGAAAUGGGCACUUGCAACUGAAAAGGAUAGUGUCAAUGACACUGUAUGCAAAAUGUACGACAUUAGCAAGGAGAGAUGGACCCAAUUUUGUCAGAGCCGCAGAGACCCUUCAUGAGAGAUGUGCGAAAAAAAGCACAAGCCAUCCAAAAACAAAACACUGCCCCUCGCGUGAUGUCUCGUGGGGGUUAUGAAUAUUUAGAAAAAAAGUUGAUGGAUGAGAAAAGAAAGAAAAAACUAGAGGAAGCUACUCAAUCUGGAAGCACUGACACCGUCAUUGAUCCUCCAUCUCCCAUCAAACGACACCUGAAGUGGAAGCUUGCUCGCACCAAGAAAACUGGUGACAUGACAUCUGAGGCAGCAAAGGAAAUUCCUGACAAGAUUGAUGCGCUUGAGGAGCAGGCCUCAUAGGGUUCCUUUGUUACCCAUGGACGUCAUGAUAUACUGAUUGCUGUCAUUGGGCGACCAGAACACCCUAGUCAUGUGCGUGCUAUAGGAGCCGGUAUAACCAUCAAGCAAUACUUUGGAUCGACUUCAAGGACCUCCUCCAUUGCUCCCGAAUACCUGCAACAGUUGACGCAACAAAUCAAGGACCAGCUGGAGGAUCCAAUCACAGAAAAAGUCACUCGACGACUAAUGUUAUCCCUCAGCCAAAUGCAAUCACAGGGACUUGCACUGCCUCCUGAACCUGGUGUUGAUCCUUCAGCUGCUCAUGUCAGCACAAAGGAGAGUUGUGUUGAUCCCUCAGGGAACGAUCCAGACACGAGUGACUCAUACAAAUGCGGGUUGUAUAUUGAAGAAUAUCCUCCUCGCCUGGUUGCCCUAGGAAGAGUUUAUGCGGGAUCCACAACCAUUCACAACAUUCCUUUGCUGCAUGAUCAAGUCAAGGUUGGUGUUGAGGAGAUUAGAGAUGCAGAUGCUCCCAUUCUUGUACCCACUAAAGAGGUUAAGGUCAUGGGACAGGCUCUUAACACAUUCCUUGCUUGGCCGACACAUCUUGUCAAGCGUUUAUCAGAACAUGUAUUUUAGUGUCAUUAAAUGCUUAUUUUUCCAACUAAAAUGUUUACUGUGAUUAAAUUAUGUCAAUUAAUUAUGUUGGAUAAACAGGGAGUUGUAGGACCCGCGAAACCUGCAGAUAGGCUGGAUGAUGAGGUCGAUGAUCCCCUAUAUCUAAUGACAUUGACCAUCCCACGGCUUUUUCUGAAGCCAUUGUAGGUUAUGUGGGAUGCUACCUUGUUUGACCUGUUUAAUGAAAACUUCCCCUUGUACAUAAAGCAUGAAGAUCUGUCUGAAAUUGCACACGGUGGUCAAUGUCUCAGCAUAUCUGUU